AAUGGCAAAAGAAGUUAAUAGAGAAGAAUAUGCUAGACAGAAACAUUAUAAAGAUAAAAAAAAACAAUUUGCUAUUGACAAACUUAAAACUGAAUUUCCAUAAAGUUUAGAUUAAUAUGGCUAAGCUUUCCAAUAACAAUUGAAAGAUUGUAAAUGUGAAAAGGAUCCUGAUCCAAAGAAAGGCAUUAUUCAUAAAGAAGGUUGUUCUCAUGAUGACUUUACAACUCAUUAAAAAAAUUAAAAGAAGCUUUAGAAAAAUUAUGUUUACUAUAAAACAGAAUACAAUUAUUGUAGAGGCUAUUCUCCUGAAUAUUACUUUGCAAGAUAGAUUUAUAAGGAAAAGUAGGCUGAUUUAUUAAAAAUAUAGAUAAAAUAAAAGAUUCUGAAGGGGAAAGAUUUUAAUGACGAUAAUGUAUAUUGA